AUGUCGAGUUCGUCAAGCACCAACAUCAGAAUGUGCUAUUGUGGAGAUAUGGAUGGAAUGUGGACAUCAUGGACUCGAAAGAAUCUAGUUCGGAGGUUUUUUGGUUGCCCAAAUUACAUGGAUGAGGAGAAGGACUGUGGGUAUUUUCCUUGGAUUGACCCACCACAAUUGAAUAAGUGGUAUAGAGAAAGAAUGUAUGAAUUAGGAGCUGUUGCUAAUGGGGGUGUAGCUAUUCCUUUCAAUAACCCUAUUAAUGAAGGUGAAAUACCUGUUGAUAGCCCUAUUGCCCCAGUGAAUGUUGAUGUCCCUAUUGCCCUUGUAAAUGCUCUUGAACCUGAUAAUCAAAUUGCAAUGCGUGAGAAUACACAUGUGCUUGGUAAUGAAUUUGGAUUUUGCAAGUGGAUGAUGGUUUGUUUCGUUUGUUUAAUUGUAGGGAUGAUGUAUGGUUAG